GCUGUCAUCAGAUCGCAGCAUCACCGACCAACAUGGACAUCAAACUGGUUUUACUCCUGCUGGUGGUGGCAGUGGUUGCCAUUACAGCUGCCCCUGGUUACGGUCAUCACAAGGGUUACGGUCAUCACAAACACAUUGGCCAUCACGGCCAUAAACACGGACACCAUCAUGGUCACAAACACGGUCACGAUCACUAUCACAAACAUGGCCACGAUCAUAAGCACGGCCAUGAUCACCAUCACAAACACCACCAUAAACACUCUCAUCACCACAAACAUUCUCACUACCACAAGCAUCACCAUGAUCACCAUCACAAACAUGGUCAUGACCACAAACACGGACAUGACCACCACCACAAACACGGACAUGACCACCACCACAAACACGGCCAUGAUCACCACCAUGGCCACAAACACGGUCAUGAUCACCACCACGGACACAAGCACGGACACGGACACAAACACGGUCACAAACACGGCCAUGGAUACGGUUAUCAUCCAUCUUCCAUGCAGGUGCCCUUUUGGUGCCGAUGCUCCCACAAGAGCAGCAAUAAUGUCCCGGUAUCGUUGUCAGGUCGCCGCCUUGUGCCGCUGUUGCGAUCUGCCGACACGUCCCGCCGCCUCCCCUGGCCUCCGACAACCGACGUUUUACUCCUACUGGUGGUGGCGGUGGUUGCCAUUACAGCUGCCCCUGGUUACGGUCGUCACAAGGGUUACGGUCAUCACAAACACAUUGGCCAUCACGGCCAUAAACACGGACACCAUCAUGGGCACAAGCAUGGGCACAAACAUGGUCAUGAUCACCAUCACAAACAUGGUCAUGACCACAAGCACGGCCAUGAUCACCAUCACAAACACUCACACCAUCACAAACACUCACACCACCACUCGCACAAACAUGGACAUGAUCACUCCCACAAACACGGUCACGACCACGACCACGGCCACAAACACGGCCAUGAUCACCACCAUGGCCACAAACACGGUCACGAUCACCACCACGGCCACAAACACGGUCACGAUCACCACCACGGCCACAAACACGGACAUAAACACGGCCACAAACACGGCCACGGAUACGGUCAUCAUGGUUACCAUUAAGUCGCCGCCUUGUGCCGCUGUUGCGAUCUGCCGACACGUCCCGCCGCCUCCCCUGGCCUCCGACAACCGACGUUUGUUAUGCCAUCCCAUCGACCGUCCCGACGUUCAGGCCGCUCUGACCUUCCUGACUGACUAUUUUUACUUCGUUAUUAAUAAAAUAUUACUAAGUUGAUUCUGUUUAUUGUUUGUACAUUUACAUUACAUACAUCACAUGUCAUGGGCUGUUAGCAGUGUGUCCCCUGAUCGUCUAAUGCUUACUAUUUAAGUUUCCUCAACCGAUUUACGAAUCAAAUGUUGCAGUUGCUGUAAACGAAACUAUGAAAAGCUGCGAUAACAAGAUGACUGAAGAAGAAAACUUCAUUAAGAUCCUAUUUCAGCCCAAAGACGGAAACAUUCAUAUAGUUGAAAGCUGCAUUCUACCUUUCUGUUUUCAUAAUUAUGUGAAAAGGUAUUUUAAUUUAUGUUGAUAAUAGGGAUAACUUAGCACGUAGGCAUAUACCAAUAAAUAUCGAGUCAUAAGACUUAUCGAGUGUGAUCGCAACCAGAUGAUAAUUAUCGUACAAUCUGUAACAUUUACAAUUACCAUCACACAUGAAUCCAAUAUUUAUUAAAUUGUAACUGAGCUAUUAAUUAUUUACUGAUUUCCCUGUUGUAGGUCCUGCAACACAACAAAGGUUAUCUGAAUAUUCGAUGUGCGUACUGGCUCUGACUUAAAUGCAUUCGUGGACAAACAUAAAGGCAAAGUUUUUGGAUACCUACUCUUUAUUGGAGGCUUUUUGUUUGUAGGCCUACUCGUUCUUACCUACUUAUUGUUGGGUUACCUACUUAUUGUUGGAUGCCUACUUCUUGCUGGAUAGCCACUUGUCACUGCGAAACCUGAUGGUCGUUGGGCACCUAUUGUUGUUAGAUUGGAUUAGAUUUGUUAGUUAAAUAACCAACUUAUUGCUGGUUACGUACUUGUUGUUAGUCAGUUAUUUCAGGAGAAUCACUAGUUUCAGGGUUCCUACUUGUAGCUGGGAAUAUAUUUGUUGUUGGAUAUUUGUUUUCUGAAAGCAAUUGGUUGCUGGGUACCAAUUGUUUUUGGAUGCUACUUGUUGUUGGAUCCCACCUUGUGCUAGGGUAACUACGUAUUGUUGGAUACCUACUCGGUAUUUGAUGCCUACUUGCAAGUUGCUGGGUACCCACCUUUUGGUUUGGUACAUACUCGUCAUGGACAAUGAUUUACUGAUGAAAGCCUUCUUACUGUAAGUAGCAUUGCCAGACAGAGCUGGCACAACAAAGAAACUCAGGCAUUGCUGGACUGCGCUGAAAAUGAUCGAACCCAAGUUUCUUUAGGUCGCAAUUGAUCGCUGUUUUCUUGUAAACUGUUAGAAUUGCCAUGGCUUGCUAGUCGCAUGGUCGAACGGUCGAUCGUGAACCGAGAUUCCAAUUAUAAUGUAACUGAAGUUUCAGCUUUUUCAGUUUCCAUGUUUACUGGAAUUUGCCCAACGAGAAAUAGUACAUUCAACAUGGUUUCGAAUUUCUUGCUCCUGUAACAUUUGUAUAGACCAAGAUACUGAUGACGCAAUACCGGAGGAACCCAGCAAUUCGGUUCGUUUGAAAUGUCUUUUUAAGUAAAUUUAUUAUCCUGGUGAUUACCUCAGUUCAUAUAUUGGUUAUCUCAUUUCAUAUAUUGUCAUUUCAUGUAUAUAUAGUUUCUCUUCCUUGUAUUAUUCUUAUGUGUAUUUUUGUCAUUUUCUAGAAACCGUACAUCAUGGA